AUACUGACAGGGCCGACCUCGAGCAAAGAGGCGGAGCUUAAACCUGGAACAUCCACCUGUGGGUUCAGAAAGUAUAUGAUCAGUGACCAGAACCAAGGGAAUGGACAGAGAGAGAGUGGAGAUGAUGGUGGAGAUCUAUGAGAGUGCAGAUGACUUCAGGACACAAACAGACUCCAAUACAAACAGACAACAAUCACUUCAGUGUACCGAUGGAUGGAUUUACUAUAAAUUCAGUUUGUACUUCAUUUCAUCUGAGAAGAAGAACUGGACUGAGAGCAGAAGAUACUGUAGAGAGAGAGGAGCAGAUCUGAUCAUCAUUAACAACAAAGAGGAACAAGAUUUUAUUGAGAAGAAAACUUGUAAAGAAAGAUUCUGGAUUGGUUUGUCUGAUAGCGAUGAGGAGGGCAGAUGGAAAUGGGUUGAUGGCAGCGCAAUGACCUCUGGUUUCAGCUUCUGGAAGUCUGGAGAACCCAACGGACGAACAAAGGAGAACUGUGUUGAGUCUGCGGCAUUAGUGUGGAAUGAUCUUAAUUGUCAUGUGACUCGAAAAUGGAUCUGUGAGAGAAUUUUUUAAUUAGUUAUCAAAUGAGAUACAUGUUUAU